GUGGCGAGCGAGAUGUCUGCAAGCCAAUAAUGCAUAACUACCUGCCAUACAUAUCAAACGGAUUGCGAAAGGUUGUUAUCAUCAGCGACAUAAAAUGUGCAUCGUCGUUCGCGAAGCGGCUGAAUUUCGAACUAGCCAAUAUAAAACGAUAAUCGAGAGAAAUUCUUGUCUCACGCACGGCACAUUAUAACGUCAGUUAUAUAUAGUAUACACUAUACACACAGCGAGAUCAUCUGGCAUUUUUUUCUGUCAUCGCCGCGAGUGAAAUUAAUAUCAUUGCAGGGCUCCUCCGGUCGGUCAUCGAUGCUGUAACGCCUUCUCUUUCGGUCAUGAAUAUCUAUUGAUUCGCGAGGUUAUCGCGAGACUGUGGUUGGACCGUGUUAGUCUCGUCGCAGUGAUUACAAAAAUAAAGGAGUGAGUGAGUGUGUGUGUGCAAAAAAAAUAUUAAUAAGUAAAAAUAGGUAACUACCAGGAUAAUCAUGGCUCAAUGCAAAUUAACCGCACGCGAAUUCAUCGCCAAUGGAUUCACACCUCAAGUGGCGGCUGUUUGCUCGCCAAAUGCCGAAGCCACCUGCCAAAAGAAUAAUCUCAGCUUUAUUGAGAUGCUUCAGCCGUUUAGCAGACUUGCCACUGAAGGUCAUUUUAGAGAUCCUCAAGGAACAAUGGUUACUGUUCGUAAUCUUCAGAUAUCUAUAAAAGAUGUUAAUUAUUGCCCUCCAGAACCAAAUGUAGCUAGAAAAAUGCUUAAUGAAUCUGUCAGUUCCAAUUAUAAUGAGCGGAAAACAAUUGUCAACACUGGAAAUGUGAGCUUGGAAAUUCCAGCAUCAAUUCCUUGGUUUGAAGCUUGGAGGGAUACUUUUUUCAAUGUGCAAUUCCCAUCUGAUCAUGAGUUCAUAAAGCAUUUUUUAGCUUGUAUGAUUGUUGUAUCAACUGCAGAUGAAAAUCCUCUUGACAAAAUUCAGCAGAUUGGAGCACAAUUAAAUCAAAGUGUACCUGGCAAAUUACCAAAAUGGUUUAACAACAAUGCCCUUAGAUAUUAUAUCCUUAUUUAUGACACCUUUCAAGAUGACAGAAAAAAAGCUGAAGAAAUUUUUUCUGAAAUGAAAAAUAUUUAUGGACCCAACAACUGUUUUUUUCUGUCAAUGAAUUCAAGACCAUUUAAUAUUUCAGAAGACAAUACUCACCUACCAGAUCCAUGGAGUCAAUUUAUAGUCAAGCAUUCUGAUUUAACUGGUAUCAGCGAUCAAGAUAACUCACCUCGUUCUCCAGGUGACACAUUAGGAGUUGCAUCAAUGCCUAAUGCAGUGAAUACUGAACCAGAAAAGUCAACUAGUCAAGCUGGGACUCCAGUUGCUCCCAGAAAUUUUAAUUUGAUGACUCCUGAUCGAAAUGAAAAUAUUAGUAUUGCUACAGAGCUUACAGACUCACAAAUAAGUCAAUUGGAAAUUGCACAAGAAGUAGUACCCACUAGCAAUAUAAUUAUUCAUCCUUUAAGUCCUGAAAGUGAACUCCCUCCUAAGAUGAAUAAUGUAGAUAAUAUGAAUUCUCAAGUAGAUGGUAUGCCACCCAUUAAUGCUAAUGUUUGGGUAGAUUCUCCCACACAAGUAUUAUCACAUCAUGGUGCUAGACUUUCAACUGAAGAUAUUGAACGGUUGAAAAUGAUGAUAUCAGAAUUUUGUCUUAAAAGUCUUUUGCCUUAUGUUGAAAGGCAAAUAAUUUUAUUGAAUGAUCUGAUAUCUAAUAAAAAAGGAGUUAGCAGAUCUUUGUUUAGUGCGACUAAAAGGUGGUUUGGAACUAGUAAACCCGGUGUUCCAGGAUCUGUCCCAGCUAAUGCAGUAAUAUACACAUCAGAAUCUCCAGAAUUGCAGUUAAGACGAUUAGGCGAUUUAUGUUUUAUGUUUGGUCAUUAUUCACUGGCUUACCAAGCUUACCAUAAUGCGAAACGUGAUUUUGCUGCAGAUCAGGCAUGGGUGUAUUAUGCAGGUGCCUUAGAAAUGGCUGCUUUAAGUGCUUUUAUGAUGGAUGAAAUGAUAAGAAAAACUAUUGAAUAUAUGGACGACGCUAUAACAACAUACUUAAAUACUUGCAAAAUGCCACAGUUUGCCACAAGGGCUACUUUACUGAGUGCAGAAUGUUUAAAAAACCGAGGUUUAUAUGGAGAAGCAGCAAAGCAAUUAAUUCGAAUGACAAGUGAAGAUUCGGACUUGCGCUCAGCAUUAUUACUAGAACAGGCUGCGUAUUGUUUUAUAUCACCAAAAAUGGUCAGAAAAUAUUCGUUUCAUGCUGUUUUAGCUGGACAUAGAUUUUCAAAAGCUGGUCAAAGAAAGCAUUCUUUAAGAUGCUACAAACAAGCAUAUCAAGUCUAUGAGAAUAAAGGUUGGUCACUGGCCGAAGACCACAUUCAUUUUACAAUUGGCAAACAAGCUGCAGCUCUAAAAUGUGUAGAUGAGGCUGUGAUUGUUUUCCAAAAACUUCUGAGUGCAUCUAGUAAACAGCCUGCGCUUCAGCAAGCUGCAUUUUUACGAGAAUUUUUAUACAUUCAUGAUCAAGCACGUCAAGAGUCGAAACUACUACUUUCCAAUCUUCCAAUAUUACCGUUACCAUUGGUUGAAGAUCAGCAGAUCAAAGUAUUGUUGGGACCUGUAAUUAAAUUAGGCAACAACAUAGAAUUAGUAAGUCAGAUUUUAUCAUACAGUCAAGAUGCUGAUGACUGUAGAUGGGCAAAGUUAGAAGAAAUUUUACUAUCCAAAGCCCAACGUACAGCACCAAUGAUUUUCAAACCAACCGUAACAAUUUACACCGAUACUAGCAAUAAUUCCACUAAGCCAAAUGCAGUAAUCAACGAGCCAAUUUAUUCAUGUAUAACAUUAUCAAAUCCUUUGCUAAUACCCUUGCCUUUAGCUAAUUUAAAAUUAAUUUGGUCAUUUGAUGAUGGUCAAAAUAUUUUUAAUAAUGAAACUUCUGCAGAAUUUGAAGAUAUUGUUGUAGAAACUUUAGAAAUUGAAGCAAUGACUAUACAACCAGUAUCUAAGCAUACUAUUGUGUUAUCUUUGAAACCUAAAAAAAUAGGCCAACUUAAAAUUAUAGGUUUGAGUUAUGAUUUAUUAAAUCCAGUUCAAAGUACAGAUCAGGCUAAUAAUACAUCGAGCUCCAUUAGAGGAAAGCGCGAAUUCAAACUUCAAGGACCAAAAUUGAAAAAUGUCAAAGAAAAAGCUGGACUCUCGCUGUAUGGAGUAGAUUUAAGAUUAGAUAUGAAUGUAGUAAAUAAAGGGCCAUUCUUGCAGAUAACAUUUUCUCCUAUUUCUCCGGAAAUGCUGUGUGGUGAACUUCAACAAAUGGAAGUUACUUUGAAAAACAUUGGAGGUGCUCCAUUGAAGAAUAUUUACCUUGGCUCUACAAACCCAAAACUAUUUGCUCUUUCAAAUCAUGAUCAAGAUUAUAAUCAAACAAAAAAAGCUACCGAUGAUCUUGUGAUGAAAAUUAAUUUACCACCUGAAAAAAAUGAUAUCCUCCAAGUUGGAGAUUCAAUGAAAAUGACUCUGUGGGUUUGUGCUCCUCACAUGAAGGGAAACCACAGACUGGAUCUUUUGUUUUAUUAUGAAAAUAUCGAUCCGAAAAAUAUUCCGAGGUAUAGGCUUAGCCGUCACAGUUGGCAUUUAACAGUUUUAGAUUCGAUUCAUACAAGUGUCAUAGCCCGACGAAGUGCGAUUAUCAAGGACAAUUUAUCAGUGUUAAAUCUUAUACUUCAUGUGAAAAAUUCAAAUCAAGUUCAUGAUCCGUUCAUGAAUGAAAUUGAGCUGACUGAUAUUGCUUUUCAAAGUGAUAAGUGGGUAUUGAAUAAGUCUGAUGAUCCAUUGGAGAGUUCUUCUAUACAACCUCAAGAAAUGAUGCACUUUAUAAUGAAAUUGGUUGGGAAAGAUGAUGUUAAAUCCAAUUUUUCAAGUAUAUCUUUAACGAAAAACCAAUUAGGAACUAAUAAGAACAUACCGUAUUUGACAUUCAUCAAGAAACGACAUAUAAAGCCUCUUGAUGCUAAUGAUCAUUUUGUAGAUAAUUAUCAAAAUCAAGUAAAAAAUGAUAAAAAUCCCUCAAUUACUGCCCUGAAACUAGACUCAAUUGUAAUACUCAGAUGGAAUGCUAAAGUCACUGAAGGAGGAUCAGUUAUUAGAAAUGCAAUUGGUCAACAUUAUGUUGAAUUGCAUUAUUUGAAUAAACCUUAUAAUUAUCCUACCCAAAAAAUGGAUGUACCUCUUGAAAUUUCAGGAAAGUUGAAAGUUUUUGGUCCUGAUGUUAAUUUACCUAGUUCUCAAACACCUAAAGUUGACAAACAUCUUGCAAUUGAAUGCCAUAAAAAUCUUAUAUGGUUUUACUUGACACAUUCCAAAGAAGUAUAUCAUGACUUUGCAUUUAGUCGUAUAUGUAUAGUACCCGUUACUGUUGUUUUACAAAAUACUUCAGAUAGUUGCACUAAUGUCAAAAUAGAUACUAUUGGAAUAAGCAGUCAAACUACUUUACCAAAUAUUAGAACACAACUUUACUCGCCUCAAGCUUCAACAUCUUUUCGUUAUGCUGGACAAACAUCAGUAAUUUGUGAUUUAGGACCACAUUGUCAAAAAAAAAUCCAAUUGAAAGCCAUUUUACCAAGCUCUGGGACAUAUGAUAUGUCAUCAAGAUUAGAAAUAAGUGCUAAAAUUGGUGAUGAAGCUGAUUAUACAUUACAAAAAUGGCAUGUGGAAAGUGUUUGCAUUGUCAGCAACGCAAAAACCACUCCAAAAUGAAGAACAUUGUUGAAAAUUUAUUUUUGCCUGCACAUUAGAAUUUUUAAUUCCACGUCUAAAUAAUCAAUUACAUUGGUCUUAUUUGAAAUUUUUAAAUUAUUACACUCUGUAUACUACCAUGCAAUUUUCUAUAUGUAAAUAUGUAAGAAGUACAUAUAGUGUGGUGCCUUAAUACCAUGCAUGCAUAUUAGAACUAUUAAAUUAUAUUUUCUUGGUUUAUGAAAGCCAGGUGCUUUACUAUAAUUAAUAUAAUAAACUUUUUUUAAUUGAGCCAACCAUCGUUGUAUUCAGUGUGAAUGUAUAAAAGAUUGUACAGUUUAGAUUUAAUAAUGUACAUGUGUUAUUAAAAUUUUAUAUAAAUAUAAAAAUAGUAACUUUGUAAAUGGUGUAUUAGUUGUUAUAUAUUUAUUAAAGUCAUUAAAUUUUUA